UGUGGUGUGAAUGGUCCAAGCAGCGUGUCAAAUUGGUUUCAUGUAAUCUGUUAAUCUGGGGGAGUGUCUCGUUUUAACCAAGGACCCCUCUCGGUGUAACCACGCCCAAUCAGCUGUUUCCUCAAGAUCACCGAAGCUCAUGGGGAAAAAAAACUUUCCCUCGCGUCCGGGUCAGUCUCACGGUAAACCCACGCUAAACUUCGCAGCUUUUUGGUUUGGGAUUUAAUUUUUGUGCGGUGUUAGUCCAGCAACAAGUAGUGUCAGCAUGUCUCUGGCGGAUCUGCAGUGGUGUCCCACAAGCGUCCAGGUAACGGUACUCCAAGCCAGAGGCCUGAGGAUUAAGGGGAAAAGCGGCACUAACGACGCGUACGCGCUCAUGCAAGUGGGCAAGGAGAAGUUUCAGACCUCGGUGGUGGAGAAGAGCGUGGCACCGGUGUGGAAGGAGGAGGCCGCUUUUGACCUGCCGCCGCUGCUACCUCUGGGCGGUGGAGGUGGGGGAGGCACGGAACGCUGCACGCUGCAUGUCCAAGUCCUGCACCGAGCCCUGAUGGGUCCGGACAAACUGCUGGGACAGGCUGUCAUCAACCUGCUGCAGCUCAGUGAGGACAAAACCCGCGACAAGACAAAGUGGUUUAAGUUGCUGGACAAGACUGGCAAGGCAGACAAAGACAGAGGAGAGGUGCUUGUGGACAUCCAGUUCAUGAGAAACAACAUGACUGCCAGCAUGUUUGACCUGUCCGCUGCCGGCAAAUCCAGAUCUCGCCUGGGCAAGUUCAAGGAUAAAGUGCGUGGCAAGAAAAAGGAAUCUGAUACUGCGUCUAUCCUGGUGCCAUCCUUCACCCAGGUUCUGACAGACAGCGAGGAGGAGGGAAACCAGGACGCCGAGGAAGAUGCUGACACAGGCGAGAAAAAGAAGAAACAUAAGAUGAAGUCUUUGUUUUCUACCAAGUCUAACCUGCAGAGGAACAUGUCUCAGUCCAUGUCUGUUCUGCCUGCGAAGAACUCCUCACUGAGCGGCAGUCAGUCGUCUGGUCUAAAUGUGGAUUCCUCUGAAGGUAAAAAGAAGUUCAAGUUCCUGAUACAUAAACGCUCAGGCAGCUCAGACAGCAAAGAUUCCUCCUCUGGUCACCAAAAACAUGGCACUGCAGAACAGAGUAAUUUGUGCAUCAAUGGCAGUCAUGUAUACUGUGAAGAGCAGCCGCCCCGGACGUCUCGCAUCGGCUCCAACUUCAGUCUGGCCAGUUCAGGCCACGGAUCCAUGGAGGACGUCCCUGAAAGCUCUCCUCCAUCUGUUGAUUCACUGAGGGCAGUGAGGCAAUAUUCACCAUGGACAGAGGAGGAGGAGGAGGAGGAGGAAGGAGAGCAUAUUAAAGAGGAUGUGGGUGAACUAAGAAGGGAGGAAGAGGAAAGGAUUAAGAGACAAGAAAAAGAGCUUGAGAGGUUGGCUGAGGAGAAGAAGAAGAGACAAGAGGAAGAAGAAAAGAGGACUGAGGAAGAGAAAGUUAAAAGGGAGGAAGAGGAACGGAUCAGAAGACAGGAGGAAGAAAGAGCUCAGGAAAAGGAGAGGGUCAGGAGAGAAGAUGAGCGUGAGCGAUUAGCAAAGGAAAAGAAGAGACUAGAGGAACAACAAGAAGAGAAAGUUAGAAAGGAAGAAGAGGAGAGGAUCAGGAGGGAGGAGAGGGUUGAUGAAGAGAGGAGGAAGCGAGAGGAAGAGGAGAGGGUGAGAAGACAAGAAGAGGAGCGUGAGGAAAAGAGGAGACUUGAGGAACAAGAAAGGAGGCGAAGGGAGGAAGAGGAAAGGAUUAGGAUGGAGGAGGAAAGGGCUCAGGAAGAGAGGAGACAUGAGGAUGUGGAGAGAGCAAGGAGACAAGAAGAGCAGCGUAAAUUAGCAGAGGAAAAGAGAAGAAUGGAGGAAGAAGAGAUGAUUGAAAAAGAGAGAGUUAGAAAGGAGGAAGAGGAGAGGAUCAGGAGGGAGGAGGAGAUGGCUGAGGAAGAGAGGAGGAGACGAGAGGAAGAGGAGAUGGUGAGAAUCCAAAAAGAGGAGCGUGAGGAAAAAAGGAGGCUUGAGGAACAAGAAAGGAGGCGAAGGGAGGAAGAGGAAAGGAUUAAGAAAGAGGAUGAAGAGAAGGCUAGGAGGGAAAAGGAAGACUAUGAGAGAUUAGUAGAGAAAAUGAAACUAGAGGAGGAAGAAAGGAAAACGAUUGAGGCAGAGGAGAAGAUGAGACAAGAGGAAAGGAUAAGGGUGGAGGAAGAGACGAGGAAGAAAGAAGAGGAGAGGGUUAGGAGGCAAGAAGUAGAGCGUGAGAAGUCAGCAGAGAAAAAGAGGAUAGAAGAACAAGAAAGGAGGAGAAUUGAGGAAGAAGAAAAAAGGGAGGAAGAGGAAAGGAUUAGGAUGGAGGAUAGGAGAAAAGAGGAAGAGGAGACAGCUAGAAAGGAAAAGGAAGAACAUGAGAGAUUGGUAGAGGAAAAAAAUAGACAAGAGGAACAAGAGAGGAGACGGAUUGAGGAAGAGGAGAAAAUUAAAAAGGAGGAAGAGAAGAGGAUUAGGAUGGAGGAGGAAGCUGAAAAGGAGAGAACAGAAGAGGAGGCCAGGAAGCUGGAGAUAGAGAAGUUAAUAAGGGAAGCAGAGGAACAGAAGGACAAUCAAACCAAACUCAACGCUUUAGGGAAGAAACCUAAAGUGGCUGUGGAGAGCCCUGCAGGAAUCACUUCUAAUCCAUUUGAUGAAAACUUUUCAAAUAAUCCCUUUGAAAAGCUUCCCGACUCUCCCGCUGGACUCGACAGCAACACAGCCAAGGGGUCAACUACCCAACAAAGGGUUCAAUCUGCUGCAUCAUUGGUGGGAAGCAAGCCCUUUUCCACUGAUGAAAAGAAUCUUAUUAGUACUCAACGGGAGAGGAGGUUGGCUCCACAGCCUCCAGGAAGGAAUCCAGCUGAGAGACAGGCUCAGGGGGAGCAGCAUGGAUCUACACCACAUCUGGCACAAAUUAACAAAAGUAAAGCCAAAGACAUCAAAACUGUUCUCCCUCAGCGCUCAGUGCAAAUGAUCGCUCCUCUGAGUAGGUCUCCCACAGAUACAAAGAACACCCAGAGCAUGAUGCAAAGUAGUUCCACUAAAGAAACAUCAAAUGGAGCCAAACACAGUAAACGUCCAGCGCCGUCUAGACCUCGUUCUGUGGAAGAAGGGCCAUCAUCUGAACACAAUGCAGCACUGUCUUCUGAUGGCAACAUUUCCCAUGAAUGUGGCUCAGAGGCGAAACAAUUCCCAAUCGUUUAUGGCUUAAAUCCAUUUGAAGACGACGAAGAUGAAAAUGUAGCCCAAGAUGAUGCAACAACCUCUGGUAAUACUGGUUCAGUACAAUGGCCUCCAGUCGUGUCACAAGCUGCUGAUAAAGAUGCCGCCUCUCAAGUAAAAAUCAAAUCCCCAAAGGCCCGCGCUCCGCCACUUCCUGUGACCAUACCUGAUAACAGUGCAUGUGACCCCGAGUCAGAGGCCAUAAGUCCUGUGCAUGUCCAGGAGGCUCCACUACAAGAGUCCCAGCCUGCGGCAGUGCAGAGUGCUGGGGAGGAAGCAAGUGGCAAGAAGGAGGGGCCUCCUAUUACUUCACGCAGGCUUCAGCCUGUAAAACCCCUUAAUCCUAUGAAACAGCAGUCUAUUUCAGUCGUUCCAGGGGAAAAUGAUAACAAGUCCACUGGAAUCCUGUGUCAGGUUCAGGAGAAAACAAAGGUAAAGGACACUGGGCUAAAAGGGCCCUACUCCCAGCUGACUCGGGAGGAACUUAUCUCUCUGGUGCUCAAACAAGAAACCCAGCUGUCCGAUAAAGACAAAAAGAUAUCCGAGCUGGAGCAGUACAUUGACAACUUGCUUGUGCGCGUCAUAGAAGAGAAACCAAGUAUUCUCAUGUCCCUGAACUCUCUGAAGAAAGCUGCCUAGGUGGAUUCUCAGCUGACCCUUUUUUUAUUUCCGCUGUACCUAAUCAGUUCAGACCCAGUAAUCUGACAUUACCACAACAGAUACUUCGAAAUACUUGUGGAUUAUAAUAUGGAAGGUAACUGGAGUAAAAGUUUAGGUUUACACGGCUUGAACAGUGGAGUUCAAGUUCCCCAUACAGGCAAAUGAAUAGUGAUGAAUAUUUAAUGUUGUAAAAGACAUCUUGCAGAAAUGGUUUCAUCUUCAGCUAAGAGCUUCAAUUGGGGGAUUAUGUUAAUUUUCAAAGAUGUUAAUAAGUACAAAGAUAUUCUACAUUUUUCUAAAUAUUUAGAACUAUUUUGACACUUUGCUACAGUAUGUAUGUCUGACGCUGAAUCAACCUCUUCUGUGUAUUUGUUAUAACUAUUUUCAUGUUGAGCAUACAUUUCUAGAAUUUAUAGAAAUUACUUUGAUAAAUGUUGCCAACAUGUUAAACUUAAUUGCUGUAUUUAAUGGUAUUAAGAAACGGCUUCUUGUCUUUAUCCAAUAUGAAAAAAGCCUUAUUUUACUGUCAAAACUAUGCACUUAUGUCUUGCUCUUCUACUGAAUAUCUGUUUACGUGAUUCCACUAACCCCCAAAAGGCACUUUACUCAGCUUAAACUAUUAACAUGAUGUACACUGAAUUAUUGUACUGUACUGAGUUAUGGAUAUGCAUAUUAAAAUUGUUCUGAUGAAC